AUGGUUUGUCUUAAAAGCUCAGCUGCUAAAAAAAUUCUGAUCUUUAUUUUUUUAACAGGAUCAUCUGGGCUUGGAAAAUCAACUCUGAUAAAUACCUUAUUCAAAACAAAAGCAAGUAGAUCUACUUGCACUGAAAAUUUUAAUGGCAUUCCAAAAACAGUGCAAAUAAAAACAGUGACCCAUGUCUUGGAGGAAAAGGGUGUAAAUUUGAAGCUAACAGUCACAGAUACUCCUGGUUUUGGUGAUCAAAUAAACAAUGCUAACUGCUGGGAGCCAGUUGUUGGCUACAUCAACGAACAGUAUGACAAGUAUCUCAAGGAAGAACUUAGUAUCAAUCGACGAACGAGGAUUCCAGACAACAGAGUGCACUGCUGCUUGUAUUUCAUUGCACCAACUGGUCAUAGGUUGAAACCACUUGAUAUAUCAGUCAUGAAGCAGUUAGAUAAAUGUGUUAAUGUUAUUCCUGUCAUCUCAAAAGCGGAUACGCUGACCUUGGAAGAAAGGGAAGCGUUCAAAAAGCGAAUUCGUGAGGAUAUCCAUUUUAACAACGUCACAAUAUACCCAGUUGUCCACAAUGAUCUAACCGAUGAUGAAAUGAAAGUCAACAACAAAAUCAAGGACCAAAUUCCAUUUGCCGUUGUUGGAAGUGACAAGUAUGUAAAUGUUGGAGGAAAAAAUGUCCUCGGUCGAAAAACACGAUGGGGAGUCGUUGAAGUUGAAAAUAGAAUGCACUGCGAAUUUUCGAUGCUUCGAGACAUGCUUAUCAAGACUCACAUGCAAGACAUGAUUGAAGUGACUGCCUCCAUUCAUUUUGAAAAUUACAGACGAGCAAAGCUUACAGAAAUGCAUAACAAAUCGAUAAAGUAACCUUGGAAAUCAUAGAAAAACUAACAGAAUUUUUAACCAACUGGAAAUUCUAUGUGUAUAUGGACGUAUCGUUUUCAUAGAUUCAGUAAUACUAUUUUUUCAUAUUGAUGUUCUCCCAUGAUACUAAUUAUACAAUAAGCUUUUGUGUUGAUGAUGGAUAGAGCUUUGAGCACUAUGUUUUGAGAUUAAUAGAAAAUUAAACUGCGUAGAAGUUGUGUUUGGUUUUCAGUUGGCUAUGGAUGGUAACUUUUUGGCUGUUCUGUUUUUUGCCUGGCUUCGAGUCAAUUUUACCUUAAAUUACCUAAUUACAUCUAAGGCUCUCCAUUUACAACCCUGGAAAGUUGCACAAAACGCCCAAAACACAUGCUUGGAAAUAUGUUUGUGUCCCCCUCUCCCCUUUUCAGCAUGCAUCCCUCUUUCCCCCUUCAAUAUCUACCCCCCUCUUCUCCUUGCAUAGUCAAUGCACUCAUGGCGCUGUGUUUGUAGAGACAUCUAUAUUUACCUGGAGAGAGGAGGUGUCAAAUCACAAUACCGUCGGUCCAGAGUUCUAAGCAACUUCGAUUAUUAUCAAAUCGUUUCAAAUAUUGAAGCGUGCAGCUUGGAUGUAAGAACCUCCAGUCACAAAGCGAAAAUCUGCGCAAAUAUCUAGCAAUGGAUUUAUUUUUGGUUGGUUUUUAAACUAUUAGAAUCAUUGUUUGUACUGUUGUCUCGAUUUCCUUAUCGCCUUCACUCUUAAUAAGUAUUAUUUUUGUUACAACCCUUUUUACACUUAAGGCUUAUAUGUGGCGCUUACGAUAUUUCUUUGUCUUCGUUGCAUUGCGCUCAACGCCUUUUAGAGCCAGUUUUGUUCGAUCUUAGUGUGUACUUACAAUUCGUCCUUUUAUGUAUAUUAUCAACCAAAGGAAGUUAUUAAUUUCUUGAAGUCCUAAGUUUAACCGUAAGCCAUAAGUGGUUCCAGACUCAUAUACAAAGCUAACCACAUAGAGACUAAUAUUUGAGGUGCACCUUUAACAUUUAAGCCGUUUGUCUUGCACAAGUGGUGGGUGUUCUUUGGGCUAUUCGUUUUUUCGCGCCACCUUGUUGAUCAAAGAUGAAUUUGUCUAAACUCUAAGUUUAUUGUAUAGAAAAACUCUAAGGAAAUAUGAAGGUGUUUCGUUUUGGACAAUGUCGUCAUGAUCUAGACUUUUGCUGGUAUUGACUCUAUUCUUAUAACUAUUGAUAAUUAAUGUCUUACUUUAUAAUCCUUUGUUGUCCUUUCUUUCGGGUGUUUGUGACCGUUAUGUAUAGUUAUAAUUAUGAUAAUUAUAUUUAAAAUAUUUCAGAAUUCGUUGAAUAAAAAAUUUUCCAA